AUGCUUCGAGCUUUCAGCACCAGAAGAUAUGAAAGGUUGGAAGGCGAUGGCGGCGGCGACAAUGAACACAACAACCACCCACCUCCUUCUCCUUCUUCUUCAUCAUUCGCGGGUAGCCUGAAAAGGGUCACCAGUCUUCCAGUCAAAUUGCUCACUUCAUCUUCAACAAGGAAACUCGCCCCCGAGCCCGACACUCCGGUUAAACAGACGGGCAAACAGGCGAAGAAGGCCGGAAAUAUUCAUCCUCUAUUGAGUCUUUUCGAUCCUCGGCGGAGGAAGAAGGCAACGGCCAAGCCGGAAUUCGCAAGGUACUUGCAGUAUAUCAAGGAAGGAGGUGUAUGGAAUGAGAAAUCUGAUAAGCCUUCCAUUUACUAG